CUGUGGCCAUUCAAAUGUUGCAGGUCUCCAUAACCACGGCACAUAAACACCGUGCUGGGAUCAGCUCUGCCUCUGCACAGAUAAAAACAAUACCUGAAAGACAAACUUUUUAUGUCACAGGCUCAAAUUUAGGAUCCACAGUUGUCAGUUACGCUUUUGAGCAAGCCAUCCAUGAUGUGAACUGUCAUCUGGAAAAGGAAAGGUUUUCAUUACACCAAAACUAGUACAGCACAAGCUACCGAACAAGCGGUCACCAAUGGCAACCAAAGAGGGCAAACAGUGGUGGGACCCAUAUGAAACCUCCAAUAGAAGACAGUUUGUCUAUCGGCCACACCCAACUGCAGAGAUUCUGCUGUGCCCCACGUCAACUUCAUUUAUAGACUCCUCUUCACAGUCUGGACCUUUUGGUUCAACUGUGUACAACAAGGAUUUUGGCUGGAACCCAGCCUGCAAACCUGAAUGCAUUCGCACAGGAACAGCCUCGGGACAGAGGAGAAACAACCCGCAUCCCAGUCAGUCUUUCAUGAGGUGGAGGCUGCCUAAGGAUUCUACACGAAGCUCUGAGUAUGUCGGCAUCCCUUGGAAAUGUCCCCCAUCUGAGCGGGAAAUCCAUAAGGCUUUGACAGCACAGUACAGCUCCAUCUACAGAUGUGACUACAUGGGUAUGCCACAAGGACAUGGUCAUUUUAACAAUGCAGAAAGAAGACUUGCACCUCUUCAAAGCAGGUGUGAAAUGCCGCUUUUUAUUGAUACAGAGAUGAGGGACAAUUACCGCCUGCCAAAGCAGAAACCAGAACUGCAGGGCAACUUGUCUCACUACAGCAGCACAGCUUCUGACGUGGCCUGUCGUGGUAUAGUUCCAACUGUUGUGCAAAGGCACACUGAGCAGAAAAGAUCAGAUUUGACAAACUACGACAGGUUUUGUGGAAAGAGAAUCACUAAUGUCCCAGGUGUGAUAAAGUCUCUGCUGCCCGAGGAGCUGCAGCAGUUGAACAUAAUUGUUCCUGAGCAGGAAAAGGAGGCUUUAAAAACAGCUUUAAGUAAAGAUCCAAACAACAAGGAGAAGGUGAAUAAACUCCCAGCAGUUGUGCUUAAUUCCUGCUCACCAGAGUGGAUAUCAAGCUGGCCAGGACCUCUCUAAACCUCAUUGCUGAUGUUAGUAGUUUGCUCAUCUUUCUUUGUAUUUUGUGUUUUUAUGUCAUUUAUUUUCAUGGUAAGGGUAAAAACUGUAAUGAAUAAUAUGAUAUAAUACAUUGUAAAAAGUGUCUUUCAGGUCAUAUUUGCUGUCAUGUUUGUUGAACUUGUGUGUUGUGAUAAUUAAACAUCUCUGCCAGA